GUCAUCUGGUUGAAUGAAGCAAGACGUGUGGUUUUAAAGUGCGAUGCGCACAAACAUCCUGCACAAACAAUCAGUCGAGCAUGGAGAUAACAACACUCUGCACUAUUGUCGCCUCCAUGACAGUCGUCCCCAACAGAUCCCAGUUCUUCAUGUACGAGUCGGUGGCGCUGAGCUGUGCGGAGGCGGGGAGCGUGAAGAGGAACACGACCCUGCACGUGAGCGAAGAGUGCUCCGUGAGCUGGGGGAAAAGAAACAAGUCCCACUGCUUCAUCAGCGACCUCCACACGUUCGACACCGGGGCGUACUGGUGCGAGGUCGGAGGGGCCGGAGGGGUCGGAGGGGUCGGAGGGGUCGGAGGGGCCGGAGGGGUCGGAGGGGUCGGAGGGUGCGGCCGUGCCGUCAACAUCACGGUGACCGGAGGCUCUGUGAUCCUGGAGAGUCCUGUCCUCCCCGUGCAGGAGGGACAACCUGUGACUCUCCGCUGCACCAGCCAGAAUUCGUCCUCCUCCGAUCUCGUCCAAUUCUAUAAAGACGGCGUCCUCGUCGGCCCGACGGGACACAUGACCAUCCGCAGUGUUUCGAAGUCCCACGAAGGUCUCUACACGUGCAACAUCCUCGGAGUCGGAGAGUCGCGAGCCAGCUGGCUGGCUGUCAGAGCCAGCCGACCUGCUGAAUCUUCUCGUUUCCCUUUUGCAUGCGUUCCACUUCCUGUGGUGGCCGUCUGCCUCAUGCUGGCCUCCGCGAUGCUGCUGCGCUUCUGGAGGAACCGCAAAGGUAAAAUCAACUCGGGCGUGUCGUACACGGACGUGUCCAUUAUGCCGCAGAAUGUGCCACCAAAGAAGGCCGGAGAAAUGCAUAAUUCAUCAACCUUCUACUCAACACUCAAACCAUGAAGCACCUGAUGGGAAACAGAACCAGUGUUGACGUUUCAUACUCUUACGUAUGAAGCUGAAGAAAUAUUCGAUGUCUGUUGGAUUACAGUUUUUUUUUAAACUUUUUUCUUCCCCACACUUUGCUGCAAAUUGUAAGAAAUUCACCUCAGCUUUUUCAAAUUUAUUUUUAUUUUUUAUUUCUCCACCUGCACAGGUUUUAUUUGUAUUUUUUAAGUCUCUUAUUAUAAAUAUCCUUGAAAUAUGUCUACCGUUUAACCUUUAAAGCAAUAAAAGGGAGAGCUCAGUUUAACCUCUUUGUUAUAGCCUUGAACACACGUCAAUCCUUAUGCUGAUGAUGCACCCCACUUUAUUAAUGUCUGCGUGUUAUGUUUCUGCUAUGAUCUCACACCUGAGGAACAGAAACUGUUUUCUUUUAAAUUAAUUACUGUUCCCGGUUGCGUUCACAUCACUGUGUUUAAAUGUGUGUUUAGGAUCUGCUUCGUGUUAACAUAUCAUUUUUAAUUUUAAUCAAAAGAGGGGGAAUAUGACAUUUUUGGGGAAUACUCUUGUUUUUGUUUUCUGGCCCCAUGAGUUAGACGUCCACAUGGAAGCUAUAGCAAGACAUUAAAGUUCUCAAUCCAACAAAUACAACACAAUUCCUCAUA